AUGAGAUUGCCAAGUAACAGACAGUGUGCGACGGAAGGAGAUGGAAAGAAAAUGGACCAUGCUCCUCCGUUCAGAAACCCUUUUGUGCACGUCUUGAAAUUCACUCCACUGGAAAAGGCAAAGAUUGCAUUGAUGACAGUCACGCUGUUCCCCAUCCGUCUACUCAUAGCUGCAUUCAUGAUGUUGCUGGCCUGGCCUUUUGCCUUCAUUGCUUCAGUGGGAUGCUCUGAGACCACUGUUGAACCCCAGUGCCUCUGGAGAAGACUGGUGGACAUCAUUCUGAAAAUCAUCAUGCGGGUCAUGUGGUUUGCGGGAGGCUUCCAUUGGAUGACUGUGAAAGGGCGAAGGGCAUUGCCUACAGAAGCACCCAUCCUCACCCUGGCACCCCACUCUUCUUACUUUGAUGCCAUCCCAGUCACCAUGACAAUGUCCUCAAUUGUCAUGAAGGCUGAGAGCAAGGACAUACCUCUCUGGGGCACGUUGAUUAAGUACAUCAGGCCGGUGUUCGUCUCACGAUCAGACCAGAACUCCAGAAAGAAGACUGUGGAGGAGAUCAAACGCAGAGCCCACUCUGGAGGAGAAUGGCCUCAGAUCAUGAUUUUUCCAGAGGGAACAUGCACGAAUAGAUCCUGCCUAAUCACCUUUAAGCCAGGGGCCUUCAUCCCUGCUGUACCAGUACAGCCUGUGGUCAUUCGCUAUCCUAAUAAACUGGACUCAAUCACCUGGACGUGGCAAGGGCCAGGAGCAUUCCAUAUUUUGUGGCUGACACUCUGCCAGUUACACAAUGAAUUUGUGAUAGAGUUCCUUCCUGUCUAUACACCCUCAGAGGAGGAGAAGAAUAAUCCUGCACUCUUUGCCAUCAAUGUGAGACGUGUCAUGGCUAAAGCCCUGGGGGUACCCAUCACAGAUUAUUCAUUUGAAGACUGCCAGCUGGCCAUGGCAGAAGGCCAGCUGAGACUGCCAGUCGACACCUGUCUGCUGGAGUUUGCCAAGCUUGUCAGGAGACUGGGGCUGAAACCACAGAACCCCGAGAAGGUUUUGCAGGAGUAUGGGAACAGAGCCAGGAAGCUGGAGGGGCAGAAGCUGGAACUGGAAGACUUUGCUCACUUCCUCGAUGUGCCAGUUUCAGAUAUGUUGCGAGACAUGUUUGGUCUUUUUGAUGAGCAUGAAGAUAACAGAAUGGAUAUUAGAGAAUAUGUGAUAGCCCUAUCUGUUGUAUGCAGACCUGCCAAAACUCUGGAAACAAUGAAAUUGGCUUUUAAGAUGUUUGAAGCAGAGGAGGAUGGUGCCAUCACAGAAAGUGAGUUAGCAGUUAUACUUAAGACAGCUUUAGGAGUGAGUCACAUCAGCGUGUCACAUCUGUUUACCGCCAUCGAUGUGGACGACACAGGGAAGAUCACGUUUGACAAGUUCAGAAACUUUGUGGAGCACCACCCAGACUUUGCUGAGGACUACCUAUACACAGAAAACGCAGACCUCAACGGUGCUCUCUGCCAUGAACACCAAACCCAGCCCAACCUUUCCACACUGAACCUGCAAGGAACUGCCACCAGCAAGACUGCUAACGGUAUCUGUCCCGAAUUCAGCGACCAUGAUGGCACAAUAGAAGGACUCAAGAAACACAACUAAAAUGGUUUAAAAAAAUAAAUAAAUAAUUGGAUGGGGAAAACAAACCCCUCUCCUGGUGAGAGGGUUUUGUGUAGGGGGCAAAGAGUCAUUAAUUGCUGAAUAUUAAGGGACUAUAUUUCAUUAACCACAAGUACAAAAAUCAAGUUUACCUUACCCUUUUUUAAUUACUAUUGUAUCCAUGAAAUUUAUGAGAUUAUUUUCAGCCUGUCAACACUUUAUUUUGUUACUUUUUUUUCUUCAUAGUAAGAUUUGUCAAAAUGCCAAACAAUGGCUGUUUCAGUUCUAAUACUUGAAUACUUGAAGCGCAGGCACAUAUUAGGAUUUUUGGGGCAAAUUCAUUUCCCUCCAACAUAGUGUGGACUGUGCAUGUGUUUUUUUUUUUUUGUUUUGUUUUGUUUUGUUUUGUUUUUUAAACAAGGGAAGCUGAACAAAUUGAGCCCUGGACAGUGAACUUAUUUUUUUGUGUAUGUGAAAUCUGUAUUUGGUAAUCAUUUAUUUGUAACUUUUAUCCAUUAUCUCUCUUCAUGGUAGCUGCCUUUUGAAAGUGCAGAACACAUGGGCUCAUGUUCAUUUAAGCAGUGCUUAGGAUUAAUUGUUUUGUUUUUUGUUGUGUUUUUUUAAAAAAAAAAAAAAAAAAGGAAGGCCUGAGGGUACCAGUGACAACUGUUGACUGCUUGAAGAGUUCGGCUUCACUAGCCACAUUUGAGGUUAACUCGGGUCUCUGCACGUUGGUGGUUAUAACUGCUGUGAGCCUGUGUGUGUGUGCGCGUGUGUGUGUGUGUGCGCAUGUGUGCGCACAUAAAUACAAUAUUUGAUUUAGCUCAGGGUUCAGAGACAAAAUUGAAAAAAAUUGUAUGAUGUCAUAAUUUUUGGCGCUUAAUAGAUCAUUUGCAUGUACAUUUGACAACUUUUUUUUUCUUUCUUUCUUUUUUUUUUUUAAAUCACACUUGGACCAAAAAUGCAUUUGAUAAUUUCAUGUCACCCUCUAGGUUUGUACUGUCCUUUUGAGCUAGUUGUGUAAUGUUGAAAAGAGUGGAAGAACAUCACUGCAUGUGACCACUGAAGUGCAUCCUGUUAAGUAGGUCAGUUGGCUGUUUUAAAGGCAAGGGCGUAUUUCUGCAUUACACCUUUUUAAAAACUUAAUAAUCAUGCUUACCCUUUUAAGAGGAUAUUAUUGUCCAUGAUUGUUCUCUAAUAAGUUCCAGGAUGCAGUUUGCUCCUUAGUCAUCUGUAACAUUGUGCUUCAUUCUAAACUAGAUCCAAGCACCUUUGCAUUCAAUCACACUUGAGGGACCAGACUGCAGUUGAAAUGCCCACCUGUGGUUAUAUCUUUACCUCUUUGUCAAAGUUUUUUGUGAAAGGCAGCCACUCUGUGGUGAAUUGAUGUUUUCAGUUUGAUUACAAGGGACUGUUUUUGACUAAAUGUCUCCAGUAAGACAAAUGGUGAACAUGGACACUGGUUUUGGUUUCAUUGAAAUUAUUUUAGGGCACAUGGUUAUAAUGGAAAUAGUUUAAUGUUUAGCAGUCCCUCUGUACAUAUUACCAUCUAUCCAAAGUUGGGUACUUUGUCCAGAUUUUAAUUUGGGAAACAUAAUCAAAAUUAGGGAGGUGUGGGCGAUUUAUUUUUUUAAAACUCACAUUCCCAUCUCAUUUGUGACUUUUGCGUACUUUAUAUGUAUCCCAUUAUGGCUUUCAGUAAGCAAUAUUUCACAUCUCUUAAGCCUUCUCAAGAUGCUUUUGAAGAGUUCUUAUAUGUAUUUUGAAUAUUCCAAAUGCAGGACAUUUUGUGAAUUUUUCAUAUACGUAUAUGAAUGAUUUUUUUUUUCUUUUCUUUUCACUGCCAUGACAAAGAUCUGUGAUCUUCUCUCCUCUGCAGAUUUUAUUGAUGACAAAUGAGCCACUUUUUGUUCUCUUUUCUAUAAUAAGGCAGUUGUUUUGUGCUGUAUUCCUUCUACAUUAUGUAAGAUUUAUUGCUAUAUUACUACUAUUAGCGCUGAGUUGACUCCUUAGAAACAAAAUGCAGAUUUCAUAUGGAAACCAAUAGCCUUGAAUCUGUAGAAUUUUUAUGCGAAAAACGAGAAUGUAUAGACAAUCUUGUCACAAUCAGAAGCUUCUCAGUACUGAUCUCCAGUGGACAUUUUCCUAAGAAAUUAAGAUUUUCAGAGUUUGUUUUUUUUUUUUUCUCCUCCUUGUUUUGCUAAUGUUUGAAGUGUGCAGGUUGAACUAAGCAAAGUGUGAGUGUGUAAAUAUGUCAGGCCUUGAGGUGAGGUACCACCACAUGACGGGCCACAUCGUGCAAACACUCCAGACUGCACACACAAUGCAGACUUACAUUUAAUGUCACGACAAUCUUUUUGUAUUGUCGCCAUAGUGUUUUUCUCUUUUUUUUGUAUCGAUUUGUGCUUGCACUUUAGUAGCUUUUUUUAAUUUCACAUUACUCUGAAACGUUAUAUUUGUAGACAACAGUAUUGUA